CGGCUAUAUAAAUCGUUAUUCAAAAUUGCCAGGUGAAGGUCGAAAAGACGAGUUCUUGGAGCGCAAUGAGUUCAGCUUCGGAAACAGAGGAAUGGCGGACGGCGGGCACGACGCCGGCAGCGAGGAGAAGAGUCAGGAGCCUAACGGCAAAGCCACCGCCGCCGUGGUCUCCGGCGCCGGACGCGGCACGGCGAUGCCGCCAACGAGCGUGAUGACUAGGCUGAUACUAAUAAUGGUGUGGAGAAAGCUCAUCCGCAACCCCAACACCUACUCCAGCCUCAUCGGUGUCAUCUGGUCGUUGGUCUCUUACAGAUGGAAUAUUGAGAUGCCUGUAAUUGUUGCAAAGUCUAUCUCGAUACUUUCGGAUGCCGGACUGGGAAUGGCAAUGUUCAGCCUGGGGUUGUUUAUGGCGUUGCAGCCAAGGAUAAUAGCAUGUGGGAAUAAAGUUGCAACUUUUGCUAUGGGAGUGAGAUUCCUCGCCGGCCCAGCUGUUAUGGCGGCGGCCUCCAUAGCCGUCGGCCUUCGCGGCGUUCUGCUCCACGUGGCCAUUGUUCAGGUCAAUCUUUUUUCUCUUUCUUUAGAUCGAUCCCCACCACCAAAAAAUAAAAUAAAAAUGGCAUGGUGAUAUUAAUAGAGAGAAACAGAGAGCUUAUUAUUUUAUAUUGAAUUUAUUUAUUUUAAUUUUUAAAUAAAUUAGGCAUGCUCUUACAAAUUUUUGUGAUGGGAAGUGUUUUUACUAUGAAAAUUAUUAAUGUGUGGUGAUUUUAAUA